UUCCAGGGCAGCAGAGGCCGGCUACAUGUAAAUAAGCUGGGCAGGGCCGGGAGCUCCGGAGCCAGUGGGACACGCCGAGGUCGGGCCUAGGCUGUUGGCCUCCCUCUAGGCGAGGCAGGCGGGGCUCCUGGCGUCACAGUUGGGGCUCAGCGCGGUGGACCGAGGCUGCGGUACCAUGGAGGCCGUGGCCGACUCCUCUGAGGCCACCCCGGCCUGCCGCUUCUUCCUAGAGGGCCGCUGUCGCUUCGGCGCGCGCUGCCGUCAGCCACACCCCGGGGCCCCAGCGCCAACCCCCGAGGUCCCGCGGCCCGAGGCUGGGUCCAAGAAGCCCGCGCUGCGUACUGCCGCCGACGUCAUCCAGCGCAUCCGCUGGGACCCGCGCCUGGACCCCGCUGACUUUUCGGUGGGCUACACCGACCGCUUCCUGGGCGUGCAGGAAGAGCCCUUCUGCGCCUUCUGCUGGGACGAACCGCUGGCAGCGCUCGGGCCCGGCGUGUUGGCGGUUCCGCAGCACCGCAUCCGCUAUUUCCGCUUCCGAGGCCGCCUAGUGUGGGACCGUGCCUCUCGUACUGACCUCAUUUUUGGCUCGGGUUCUGACACUGGACGGGGACCCACCAUCCUGGACGCGCUGGACGGCGGGGACGAGUACUGGCCAGAGGUUGCACUAGAAAUCCCUGACACAGAGAAGACAGGGGCAGUUCCCGAGGUUCAGGACACCCAGGAUGCUUCUAGGGAAGAGGAUGGAAACCCGGCAAGAACUGGGCUUGGUUCGGGCCUGGAGACACCCAAAGAGGGUAGGGCAACCAGAGAGACCGUCCCGAAUGAUUCAGGAACACCAGACCCAAGGGAGUGCUUCACAGGAGUAAAGGAGAUCUUGAAUUCACUAGAGGCACCUGGAGCCACACUGCUUCCACCACGGUGGCAGGCACGGGCCAUGGAAGCUCCAGGGCUAUCUGCUGAACAGAUGGAAAGUGAGUGCGAUCCAGGGGCUUGGCCUGAUGAAAGGUACCCCCCUCGCCAGCCCCGGCCCACACAUUUUGUGGCAAUGAUGGUGACAGAGCCUGGGCUGAGGGCGGAAGUGGUCAAGGCCCAAGAGCAUCUGGUCCAGAUUGCCCCUUCUUGUGCGGCUUUCCUUGUACCUGCGCAGGCCCUGCACCUGACAAUGGCCUUGCUGAGGCUGACAGGCCCUGGGGAGGAGGCUGCAGCAGCUGGGGCUCUGCGAAGGGCCCUCUUGAAACCAGGGCUUCAGGCACCCUCUGAGCUGCAGUUCAAGGACUUGGUUCUUCUGGGUCACCAUGCGCUCUGUGCCACACCCUCCCCCACACUGGCAGGCAUGGCACAAACUCUCAAUCAGAGGCUAGAGGCUGAAGGGCUUCGAGUGGUGCAGCCCCCAGGGGGCCUACAGCCACACCUCACCCUGGCCAAGGUGCCACACGGAUCCCAGGUUUGCAUCCCUGAGCCUGGGUCAAUCCUGAACCAGGAUCUAGGGAGGCAGCCCCUAGGCAAACUCUGGCUGUGCCGUAUGGGCAGAGCAGGGCAGAGCUACCUGCCCCUGGCUGAGAUUCCCCUAAAGUGACCAAGGUUCCAAACUUUGAAGAAACAAGCCAAAUAGAAACAA